AUAAAAAGAUGGCAGAGAAAAUUUACAGCGGUACUUCAGAGUCUUUAGUCAUCAGAAGUUUUAAACACUUCAGAGAUAAGUAUUUAAAUUCAAGGAAAAACGUAAAUGAUCAAGAGGAACUUGCGGACACUAGCCAAGCUGCGCCGGGCUUUUUGGACUGCUUGCCCGUAAGAUACCAGAUUCUAUGCCGGUCGGGUAUUUCUAUAAUAAGAUUUUUGUUGGAUGCGUGUGUUCCAUAACACACUGGCUGUAUAUCCAUGACGGUUCAGUUAAAUAUUAAAAAGUGAAUCUUUCUGAUAUCCAGUUUGGACCAUGAAACUGCGAUACAAAUAUUUUGUCUUGAACUACGUGACAUUCCAGCUGGGAUGACCGAGGUCGACCUACAGUUUAUGAUCAUGACCCUGCUGUCUCCUGCAGACCUCUGUCGUCUGGGGGCCACCAGUCGCUACUGGAAGGCUAUAAUCCAAGACCCCUUAUUGUGGAGAUACUUCCUCAUCAGGGACAUGCCUCAUUGGCCCUCUGUUGACCAUGUGACCAUGCCCCGGUUGGAGGCCCUACAAUCCCCUCUGUGUGAGGGGGAGGAGGGGAUGGAGGUGUCAGGACAUGACUUUAUGACAGACUAUCUAAAGGGCUGCCCAGCAGGCAGACGCCAGUGGUUUCCCCUGAAGCCGACCUGGGUUGUGACCUCCUUCUUCCAGUCGCUGGUUUCCACCACCAUGGAACCACGCUACGCCAUGUUUGGCCCGGGCAUGGAACAGCUGGAUGUCUCCAUGGUGACCAGGCUCAUGCACAGCCCAGAUGUUCUCCCUGUAGCGGGAAUACCGCAAAGACAGAUCAACGGUAUUGGGUCUGGGAUUAGUUUCAUGUACAAAAACCAGCACAAAUUCAAUAUUCUGACUCUCUACUCAGCCAACAGGGCUGAGAGGGAGAGAGCCCGCGUGGAGCAGCAAGCUGUUAGCAACAAACUCUUCAUACAGAACGGAACGGACGAAUCAGGAAACCCUCAAUUUAGCCCCACCCCUCAGGUCCAGGAGGUGUGCCAGGCAGUGGAUGGGUUCAUUUAUGUGGCAAAUGCUGAGCCAGGAAGAGGUGGUGAGGCGGAGGCCGCUCAGAUUCAGGCAUUGGUUGACCCUGCCUUGGGCUCAACCUCCAGACCCCUCCUGGUCCUGUCCUGUGUGUCCAGAGAGGAACCAGACCCAAUCACAUCCAGCAGCUCCAGUACUACCAGGUCCAGGACCCCCUGUGUAGAUAUGGCCCAGAGACUAUGCCUGCCCUUGCUGCCCAACCCCUGGAUGGUUCAGGACACAGUAGCAGACUCUCUGGCUGGUGUGUUGGACGGGAUCUCCUGGCUGUUGAGGUGCUCUGGUCGCCGGCUGUAGCCCUCCAAGACACCAAUGUCAGGACUGAAACAACCCACUGCACAAGAAGCAAAUAUUUUUCUGAAGGACUCCUAACUCCCAUGUGCCUCGAUUUAAUGAACUGUGUAAGAAAAAUAGAUGAUUGGGUAAAUACUGUGUAAGUACCCUGUAAUUAUUUUGAGUGAAAUGUGGGUUGUGAAAUGAAACACAAGUGAAAAGAACUAGUCAUUAACUGUAGCUAUGCUACUGUAAUGAAGAUAAUUAGGAUAAAUGAAGGGUUUCGGCAUUACUGCUGCUUUGUACUAGAACCAUAUUGAAGUAAUAAAAUAUUAUGGGAAUUGUA